AUGUUUGGAAAAGUUUUUGUAAUCCUACUUUUGUUGGUAACCCCAGGAGAAGCAAGGAAGUCGUUUCUCGGUUUUCAGAACAUACAAAAUACUGAAAUACUGUCAUUUGCUAAGGCAGAAGAAACUGUCGUUGUAAGGUCCAGUUAUAAAGAUAAACAGCCUAGCUCCAGCUACCUUUUUGUGAAAUCAGACGAUCCAACGGUGCUGCAGGUGGUGAAUGUGACCAAGACCUCGCUGGACGCCACAGACUUUACCAUCCGCCUAAUGACUUUCCCAGGAGAGACGAAUCUGACCAUUCAACUCUGGGAUUCCCAAGGUAGGCAAAAAAGACUCAUUGAAGAGAUAAAGAAUAUUAAAGUCAGAGUGCUCGAACAGACAGAAGACAGCCUCUUCCAGGCACCUAUGCAUGUCAAUAGAUACAUCCUGCUGCUUGUUUUAUCGAUGUUCUUUUUAAAUAAAUGUGCCUUUGGCUGCAAGAUUGAAUUCCAGGUACUUCAAACAGUAUGGAAGAGACCUCGGCCGGUAGUUCUUGGGGCAGUCACACAGUUUUUUCUUAUGCCAUUCUGUGGUUUUCUCCUGUCUCAGAUUUUGGGAUUGCCCAAAGCACAAGCUUUUGGAUUUGUAAUGACCUGCACAUGCCCAGGAGGAGCUGGGGGCUAUCUUUUUGCUCUCCUUCUGGAAGGAGAUGUCACUUUGGCCAUUUUGAUGACUUGCACAUCAACAUCCCUGGCCCUGAUAAUGAUGCCUGUCAAUUCGUACUUAUAUAGUAGGCUAUUAGGAUUAGCAGGUAUAUUUCACAUUCCUGUUUUAAAGAUCGUGUCUACACUCCUUUUCGUCCUUAUACCAAUAUCGGUGGGUGUAGUCAUCAAGCACAGGACUCCUGAGAAAGCAGUCUGUUUAGAGAGAGUAGUUCGGCCUCUGAGUUUGACUUUAAUGUUUGUCGGGAUCUAUGUGGCUUUCAGGAUGGGAAUGGUGUUUCUGAGAACGGCUAACCUAGAUGUGCUUCUUCUGGGGCUGUUGGUUCCUGCACUGGGCUUUACGUUUGGCUAUUCCUUUGCUAAAGUCUUUAUGCUGCCUCUUCCUGUUUGCAAAACAGUUGCUAUCGAAAGCGGGAUAUUGAACAGUUUCUUAGCCCUGGCCAUUAUUCAGCUCUCUUUUUCACAGUCCAAGGCAUAUGAAGCCUCUGUAGCUCCUUUUAUAGUAGCCAUGUGUUCUGGAUGUGAAAUGUUACUGCUCCUUCUGGUUUACAAGUGUAAGAAAAGAGGAACCCUUAGCACAAAAACUGAAAACACUCCUUUAGUCUAA